AUGCCGCGCAACUGUUGUGUGCCGCUGUGCGGGACGAACUCCAGGAAACACCCCCACAUCCGCUACCACGAAUUUCCGUGCGACGCGAAACGCCGGGAAGCUUGGUUGCGCAACAUCUCCAGGGAAGGAGCCGGCGGGAAAGGUACGAAGUGGCUACCGACAGACAGGUCACUGGUGUGCGCCCUACAUUUCACGGAGCAGGACUACAAGGUGGCCAACAAGAACAGGGUGCUGUUGCAGACCGCUGUGCCAACGGUGUUCCCCGGUUAUCCAAGCUACAUGAGAAAGAGGGCCCUCUUGAGAGCUGCUCUGGCUCGAACGGAGCGGUCGCGACCAGAAAGAACGGAAAAUGCUAUGAAGGGGCGCGGCGACGUUGCCUCACCAGACAAGCGCAUUGCCGUUCAAGACGACAAAGUUCUUGACCGUCGCGAAGACUCUGAACCAGUGGUUGAAAACCGCGAAGUAAGUUCGCCCUCUGAAAAUGAGCCUAUCCGAACGUCCUCCGAGUGUGAAACGACGGCAGAAGGCUCGAAGGAAACAACGCGCCGCCUUCGAGCAAAGAUCGUCCGUCUUAAUAGAGAGCUGCAAACACUGCAGCGUAAACUUGAUGAAGCCGAAGAGCGAGCUCGGGUUUACGAAAGUAACAAGGACAUUGACUGUUUUAUGAGGCUGAUCGACGCCGCUGCUCAUGGUGACGAGACCGCCGGGUCAAUUGUGAACCAAGUCUACAGCUUCCAUGGAGAGGCCGAAUUUGGAAUUUUUCCGUGCCCAAGCAAGGGGUAG